UGAUGUGGGUUUGCGCUUUCCGAGUAGUUGCUGUGCGAAAGGAAAAAACGUUAUAUUUUAUAAAGUGAGCCCUCUAUUUAUGUGGUAAUCAAUUCAAAAUGUCUGCCUCCAUGUUGACGAACGUGUAUGUGGGCUCUGGAACCGGUAUUUUCAAACAGGUGGAAGUAGAAAAAAAGGUUGCUGUAAACUAUGCUGAUUUCAACAAAUUAAACAAAGAGGAGGAAAUUGUGUGCAUGUGUUGGGCCAAUCAGCAGCAGACACAGAUCCACCUUGGACUUCGUAAUCAAACCGUGAAAACAUUUGACACUGAAGAAAAAUGUUUUAAAUCAAGUAAAGAGUGUUUUGGGGGCGAAGGAGCAUUAAAAGGUAUUGGUGUCCAUGGUGAUAGGAUCAUCACAUGCUCCGAGUCAGGAAUAAUGAAAGUUUGGGAUAACCUAAAAGAUGAUGCUCACUUUGAAAUAAAUGUUGGUGAAAAUGUGUGCAAGAUGCGAAAGAAUGCGGAGAAGCCCAAUGUAUUUGCUACCGGUGGAAAAGAAAAUGAUUUAAAAAUUUGGGAUAUUAACAACAAAGAUGAACCAAUAUUUAAAGCGAAAAACGUAAAGAAUGACUUUUUAGAUUUACAAGUACCUGUUUGGAUGACUGAUGUUCAAUUUUUACCCAAGUCUACAAAAGUCCUCACUGGUACAGGACAUCAUCAGAUUAGGAUCUAUGACCCCGAUAGUCAACGAAGGCCUGUGUUUGAAAUGACCUAUGAUGAAUAUCCAAUCACUGCAGUGGAAGUUUCCACAGAUGGACGAUCGGUGUUUGUUGGCAAUACCCAAGGCAGAUUGGCUCGUAUUGAUCUCCGGAACAAACAAGUGUUAAAAGUUUACCCAGGAUUCGCCGGUAGUAUACGUUGUAUUAGUCUCCACCCAACAGAACCAAUGGUAGCAACGUGCGGUCUUGAUAGGUUUCUUCGUCUUCAUAACGUACACACAGCGGAUGUUGCGCACAAGGUCUAUCUUAAAUCCAAAUUGAAUUGUCUUUUAGUCAAAUGCACAGAACAUUUUCAGAAGGAAAAUAAUAGUAGUGAAUCUGUUAGGAACUCAUCAAAAGUCAAACAGACAAAAGAGGAUGCUGACAGCGAUGAUGAUGUUUGGGAUCAGAUAAGUCCACUCAAUGAAGAUGAGCCAAAAAAGAAAACAACGAAAAGGUUAAAAAAUGAAGGCAAGAAAAGCAAAAAGAAGGCACGAGUUAAAUGAAUAAAGAAAAUAUAUUAAAUUUUAACUUUGGAUGGAAAAUGGUUAAAGCUAUGGGAGGGUUAAUUUUAAUGUUAUGGGUUUGGACUCAAUUAUACAUUUUAUUUUAAAAUGUACCAUUCUGGGAGCUUUUGGUGCAGUGGUUAUGAUUCAGUCAUUCAACCAUGCUGUCAAAGUUCAAAUCCCUUCUCAUUUGCCUAAUGUGUAUAUACAUGGUGUGUGGUGAAUGAUGAAUGCAUGUUGGUGUUACUACAGUAUGCUAUUCAGUCAUUCAACCAUGCGGUCAAAGUUCAAAUCCCUUAUCAUUUACCUAAUGUGUAUAUACAUGGUGUGUGGUGAAUGAUGAAUGCAUGUUGGUGUUACUACAGUAUGUUAUUCAGUCAUUCAAUCAUGCGGUCAAAGUUCAAAUCCCUUCUCAUUUGCCUAAUGUGUAUAUACAUGGUAUGUGGUGAAUGAUGAAAUGCAUGUUGGUGUUACUACAGUAUGUUAUUCAGUCAUUUAACCAUGCGGUCAAAGUUCAAAUCCCUUCUCAUUUGCCUAAUGUGUAUAUACAUGGUAUGUGGUGAAUGAUGAAUGCAUGUUAGUGUUACUACAGUAUGUUAUUCAGUCAUUCAACCAUGCGGUCAACGUUCAAAUCCCUUCUCAUUUGCCUAAUGUGUAUAUACAUGGUAUGUGGUGAAUGAUGAAAUGCAUGUUGGGGUUACUACAGUACAGGUAUGUUAUUCAGUCAUUCAACCAUGCGGUCAAAGUUCAAAUCCCUUCUCAUUUGCCUAUUGUGUAUAUACAUGGUAUGUGGUGAAUGAUGAAUGCAUGUUGGUGUUACUACAGUAUGUUUUAGACUUGUUGUUACAGUAAUUCCUAUGGGAUAGUGCUGACUGUCAACAAUUUACUAUAUUUAUUUAAAUAUUAGACACCCCCUCUAGAGACUCAUUUAAAUUAAACACCCCCUAAACGUCUAAUGGAAGCAACAUCAUUCUCAACACAUUCUUUUAAUGUUGUACUGCUGAAAAAUUACAUUUUUGCUAAGCUGGUUGUUUUGAUCAAUAAGUCUUCAUGAUUAUGCAAUAACAUUUUUGACAGUAAUCAGGGGCGGAUUUAGUUGGUGGGGGCCGGCCCGGCAAAGAGAGAAAAAGAAAAAAAUGAUAGCCCAGAAUGCCUCAAAUGUUAAGUUCGGGCGUCUAGAACACAAAAAAAUUUGCGGGGGCAUGCCCCGGACCUCCUACGACACUGUUGUCUCAAUCGGCCCAACUUUCAGCUCCCCUUCCGGCCCCCCCUCUUUUGGACAUUUCUGGAUCCGCCCCUGGUAAUAAUGUGUUUUAGUUCCACACUUACAGUGAAAUGAAAGGGCAUUUUAUUUGAGUAUGUACAUAUCAAUUUUACACAAAAAAAAUAAACGCCUCCCUCGAAUAAACAGCCCCCAUUCAAGAAUAAAUGCCCUGGGGUGUUUGUUCAAAUAGAAGUAGAGUUUGAAAUAGGAAAGCGUAUGGGAGCGUAUUAAAUUUUGGUAUGGCAUGCACUGAACGUGAUUAUUUUUCAUAUUUACCGAGUAAUUUAAAUUUUAGCCUGGGCUUACAAAUUUUAUGCACGCAUAGGAGACUCAAAAGUGGAGGAGAUUGUGCUUGCCACAUGUCAUGUGAUCAGGGUGAUGAAGAAAAAUGCUUUAUAUCACAUCAUACCAUCAAAGAAUAUGACGAUUAUAAAAAUGAAAAUAAAAAAA